AUGGCCUCCCACAGUUCCCCUGGUAUCGAAUACAUCACAACGGCACUGGCUGCUACUGGGAUCGAAGGGGUACUCAAUGGACUUUGUCUGGUGCUGGGCGCCAUUUCGAUCUGGCUCUUGACGACCCGUUCUCCGGCAUUUAAGACGUCACCCAGGAAGCUGUCGGUGCUUGGGUGCCUGUUCAGGUCACCUCUCAUUUUGGGAAGCAUCCUGCUUGUUGUGGUCAUAACCACGCAUUGGGGAUGCUCGAUGUAUCGUAUGCUACAUGGGAUGACCUUGUUCGCGAAUCAACACUACCCCAAGGAGUUCUUCGACGAGAUAACACAUCCGCUCUAUGUGCUUAUGUGUGGUCUUGUCGUCACCGCUAUACUCUUGACCGAUGGCUUGCUGGUAUGGCGCCUGUGGAUUGUCUCCGACCACUGCAUCUAUACCAUGACUGUGCCCUGCUUGGCUGCAUUGGCUUUUCUAGCCUGUGCGAUAAGGAUAUUCGUCUUCUUUGCGAUGGCAUCUGCUGCAGUGAAGAGCAAUAGUGACAUCCCUGGAGCGAAUAUUUAUUCGUCCGAUCUCGCCAAGUUUAUUGGAGCGUGUAUACUCAUCACGUUCAUGAUCCUGGUUCGUAAUGGUACGGGAGAUAAGAAGCUCAAGGCGCUGAUGUGCAUAGUUAUUGAAAGUGCAGCCAUCUACAGGUCAGCCAGCUGUAAACAAUCAGAAGCGUAA